AUGAUAAUUCAUUAUUAUUAUCGUUCAUUUUAUUUUAAUGUUUUAUUAUUUUAUCUAAUAUCGUUUGUUCAUAAUCAACAACAACAACAAUCAAAAUUAUGUCAAGAACAAAGUCAAUGUGAUUGUGAAGAGUCAAAUGAUGGUACAUCAAUUUCAUUACAAUGUGAUCAUUUUACAUAUGUUCCACCAUUUUUAACUACAAUUAAACAUGAAAAUAUUCAAAUUGAUUCAUGUACUGAAUCAAUUCGUAUUGGUGAUAAAACAUUUGCCGAUUUAACAAUAAAUACAUUACGUUUUCGUUUAUGUAAUUUAACAGAUUUAAAUGAUCAAUCAUUUUCUAAAAUAAAAUUAUUAGAAAAAUUUUCAAUUGAAAAUUCAACAAUUAAACCACAAUUUUCACAAACAAUAUUUAAUGCUGAUUCAUUUCAAACAUUAAAAAGUUUAUCAUUAAAAAAUAUUUAUUAUAUGUAUGAUGGUAUAAAUAAUAGAAAAAAAUUAAAUUUAAAUUAUUUAUUAGAACAAUUACCAUUAUUAAUACGUUUAGAAGUACAAAAUGUUGUAUUAGAUAAUGAGCAAUUAUUAUCAUCAUCAUCAAAUCAUUUAACUGGACAAAAUUUAAAACAUUUAAGUUUAACAAAUACAAAACAAUCAUCAUUACAAUUUGAUAAAUUUAUUAAUUUAGAAAAAUUAAUUAUUAUAUCUAAUCCUCAAUUAUUAUUAAAUUUAUCAACAAUAAAUAUAUCAAAUUUAAAACGUUUACAAUAUUUAGCAUUAGAAAAUAAUCAAUUAAAAUUUGUACCAAAUGAUUUAAAUUCAAUAAGUUUACAAGAAUUAGAUUUAAGUUCUAAUUUAAUUGAUAAUAUUAAUGAAUUUCAAUUUGAACAUUUAACACAAUUAAAAAUAUUACAUUUAAAUAAUAAUCCUAUUAAAUAUAUUCAUAAAAAUGCAUUUUGUUCAUUAAAUAAAUUAGAACGUUUAUAUAUUCAUAUUAAACAUAAAUUUAUAUCACCAUUAUCAAAUUGUAUUUUAUUAUAUAAGCCAACAUUACAAAUUGAACAACAAAUACAUACACGUCCACAAUGUGAUUGUUCAUUAUUACAAUUAAUUGAAUAUUUAAAACAAAAUGAUGAAUAUAUUAAAAAAUAUUUAAAACAUGGUUGUACAAUAACAAAUGAAACAAUGAAAUAUGUUAAAACAUAUCAACAACAACAAUAUUUACAACGAUUAACAACACCUGUACCAAUUGCUUUAUUAGAAAAAUAUUUAUAUUGUAAUGAUGAACAAGAUAAAUGUGGUACACCAUGUCAAUAUUCAUUAAAAAAAUUAACAACAAUGGUAGAUAAUUAUCAUCCAUUACAUCAUACACAUUCACCAAAAAAUCAUUCUCAACAUUUAACUCAACAUAGAGAAAAUAUUGCGGGAAAAUCUUAUGCAAUAAGAUUAAAUUUAAAUAAGAAUAUAUUAAAUAUUCUAUAUAUUGCUGCUAUCAUUACUAUUCUAUUCAAUUAA